AUGUCAACUGAAAUUGAUUAUGAUACUUUUUCCAAUGCUAACCCUGAAUCAGAUCCCACCGCAGACUUUCUGGCGAGGGAACAAGCAGUCCUAGGGAAUGACGCAGCAUUUUUUUCGACAUCCAGUGAUCCCAUCGAGAUCAGCUCCUUUCCGGAUAUUUCUUCAACAACGGACCUUUUUGUUCCACCCACUAGUACUAAGUCUUCUAACAAUGAUUUACCCGAUUACUCUGCCUUUCAUUCUGAAUUUCCCUCAGUAGAUAUUGAUGGUGUUCAAGCAUCAUAUUCUAGUACAAACGGUCUGAUGCCCUCAAACGGUAACCAAUUUUACCAAAAUUUCGACGAAGAAGAACCCGAGGCAAUCCGACAAUGGAGAGAACGACAGAAAGAAAUUAUUCAUAAACGAGACCAAGAAUCUGAAGCAAAAAGGCUAGAGACAAUUUCUAUCGCUCGAAAAGCAAUUGAUCAAUUUUAUGAAGAAUACAAUGAAAAGAAAGCACGAGCACAUGAGACUAACAAGGAGGAGGAAAAUGAAUUUUUGCAGGAACGAGAUGAUCUCACUUCCGGUACAGCUUGGGAACGUAUUUGCAAACAAAUUGAUCUCUCGAACCCUCAAAGUAAAUCAACCGUUAAACACGUCAAAGAUGUUAGUCGGUUUAAAGAAUUGUUAUUGAAUUUGAAAAAGGAUGAAAAUUCACCUGGCGCAGGCGGAUAUUAG